UUUCUAAUUAAAACAGUGCCCAGGAAAAAUUUGAUUUUUAAAAUAUAUUAGAAAUGUGCAUAGAGAAAAAGUGAAACAAAAAAGAAAAUAAAAUUAAAUUAAAUAAUAUUAAUUAUUGAAAUUAGCCGAAAUCUGCAUACAAGAAACAGCUUUUCAUUCAAACAUUUUAAAUAUUAGUGAGCAUACGCUCGGCCCCAAAUUGGCUACGUUCCACUUUUUCUAAUGUCCAACUACCGUAUUAACUGCAACCACGAACAACAAUACCAACGGCAACAGCAACAACAACAACAGCAACAACAACAAAGAGACAUAGUACAUCAAAUAAAUAACGAAGACUACGACGAGAUGUACGCGAGUCUUCGCUAUGCCAGUACGAAUCUCAGUCAUAGCAGUCUCCUGCUAAAUCAGACCGCGCUCGACAGUGUACCGGGCGAGAGCAACGAAGCUCUUGACGCAUCAGUACCUUUAAUAGUACAAAAAUCGGUGCCAUUACCUUUGCAAGUGUCAGGAAAAUCCACUACAUCAAGAAUAGUUCCAGCCGCAAUAGCAGCUGCUGCGGCUGUGGCUGCAACACCAAUCACUUCAAAUUUAUCAGGCUCGAAGCCCCGACGUACCGCCAGUAGCAGCAUGUCGCAAUCUGGGGACGAUCUACAUUCGCCCAGUUAUCUAUCAUGGCGAAAAUUACAACUAAGCAGAGCCAAAUUGAAAGCUUCCAGCAAAACAUCAGCUCUACUAUCAGGAUUUGCAAUGGUGGCAAUGGUUGAGGUUCAAUUAAAUAAUGACACUGACGUUCCUGCUGGUAUGCUAGUAGCCUUCGCGAUUUGUACUACGCUGCUCGUGGCAGUACAUAUGUUGGCACUUAUGAUAAGCACGUGCAUACUUCCAAACAUUGAAACCGUCUGCAAUCUGCACAGCAUUUCGUUAGUGCACGAAUCACCGCAUGAGAGGUUACAUUGGUACAUUGAGACGGCCUGGGCAUUUUCAACUCUACUGGGCCUAAUAUUAUUUCUAAUAGAGAUUGCUAUUCUGUGCUGGGUGAAAUUUUACGAUUUAAGCCAACCGGCUGCUUGGUCAGCGUGUAUUGUGCUCAUUCCGGUACUAGUAAUUUUCCUUGCAUUUGCUAUACAUUUUUACCGCUCGCUUGUGACACACAAGUAUGAAGUAACUGUGUCCGGCAUAAGAGAAUUAGAGAUACUGAAGGAGCAAAUGGAGCAAGAUCAUAUGGAGCAUCAUCAACAUCGAAAUAAUGGAUUAAAUUACGCUGCAAGUGGCGAAAUUGUCUAACUUCCAAUAAAGUCCAUACAACUUUAAAGCCUGUCUUGAAAAACGAGUAUUUUUGCAUAUAAUUUGUUGUUAGCGAUUAGGUUAUGAACACACAUGUGUGAACAAUAUUUAAUUCAUAAUUAGGAUUAAUUUUUAAGUUAUGGUAGAUCGUAGAUCGUAAAUCGUAAAUCG